AUGAGGGAAGGAGCAGUCUGCUCUGUUAUCUCAUCACCAUCCAAUUCAUUUUCACCUGAUGCCUCAUCCAGUGAUUUUCCAUCUGAUUCAUCCAUAACUACUGCCAUUUCUAAGACAGAUGCAUUGCUAAGACAAAGUAGCAACUCCUCAACUGCAGCAUGGAUGGCUUCUUGGUCAUGGUGGCUAGAUAUUUCAUGCCGCAAUGCUAUAUGCGUGUGGUUUUUGAAUUUUACUUUUGAUGUGGGUUAUUGUACGGUAACUGUUGAUAAUGCAUCAAACAAGAAAGCAACUUUGAUCAAGGUAGAUAGUGCAAAUAAGAGAGGAAGUUUAUUGGAGGUGGUUCAGGUUCUUACUCAUCUGAACCUGAUAAUCAGGAGGGCUUACAUUUCUUCAAGUGGGGAAUGGUUUAUGGAUGUUUUCCAUGUAACUGAUCAACAAGGAAAUAAGAUCUCCGAAGAUAACAUUGUCGAACGCAUUCAACAGUCACUGGGGCCAAAGGGGCAGAACUUUCGGUCCUUGACAAGAUCUGUGGGCUUGACACCUACGGCUGAGCAUACGACCAUUGAGUUGUCAGGAAGAGCAUAUGCGUUGCUACAAGAUGGUAUAGGGCUCCGAGUUGAUAUUCUAAUAUUGUAUUGA